AUGAACUCUACCGGCGGCUGCCGUCUCUUGGGCGUCGCCCUCGUUGUUGACGACAUAAGCAAAGGCUGCAAUUUAGCCUUCCGAUACCCUUUUCCACCGCGUAAAAACGCGUCUAGUUUCCAUACGCUCCCCGCUCCUCUCUUGGCUAAACUCUUUCGACCGAAGAACGCGCUCUGUAACGCAAGUUUCGAGCUGGUAGUUGAUGAUCUGCGAUUUGUGAGUCACCCCGUGCUCGUGUCUCGGCGGUCACCGACUGCAGCCCCAGUGGACAACGUAGGGAACGACUCGCCCGUUGGGGUGAACGCCAAUGGGGCGUUGAGAGCGUCGUCGUUUACCGUCACAGAGCACGCUUCGACCAAUGGCUCGAGUACUGUUCCUUUAACGUCAGGAAACGAGACGACAAUGUUCAAUAUCAUUUUUGCACUUGAAGACUGUCCGUUACAAGAGUCAAGAGCUGCUGAAGCUUUGGCGGGAUUGUACAAUGGGACGCACCUUUGGCCAUUGCAGCAAGCGGAUGAGGAGGAGCUUUUUGCGAGAAGAAGGAUGAGUGCUCAAUCUUUUCAUACAGUCGCUGCACAACUGGCUAAUGGCCUUUUGCACGAGGAACUACGGGUCGGCUUUGUGUCGAAAGAAGUGCGAGAGCUGCUGCAAGUGAGAGAUGAAGUCGCUCAAAGUGAACGUACUUCAGGGAACAAGUACGCGGGUGUAUCCGGUAUCGGUUCCACUGGAUCAAGUCUGAGUGCUUCAGUUGCAGCAGGGAAUACGAAUGGCAAUGGGACCACGAGUAAUGCCGGAGGCGGAGGUGGAGGUACAGGAAGUAAUGGAGUGAGUUUGGGCCACCAAUAUGAUCACAGAAAGGAUGGCGAGAGUGGAUCGACCAGUGUGGAGGUAGAUGCGCAGACGCUGAUUGACGUAUCACUGGGAAAAAGUGUUCUGGCGAAUGACUUGAAGCGAGUUUUUCAUGGACUUGCAGAAGCUGGAGCUGCUCACGUCGUGCUGAAUGGAUGGGUAAAGCUGUCACUAACGCUCACGGAUGCUGUGACGGUUCGAAUGGCAAGUCUGCGUCCGUAUCAUACACUUUUAUUACUGUCUGACAAGAGUGCAAUUUUGAAUAAGCUGCCUGCAGAUCAUGCCCGUCAGCUACGAGAUCUGGUAGAAGCCGUGAAUCCGUUGAAGAGUUUUCAGGAUAUCGCUCUGGGGACCAGUGUCCCUAUUCAUCAGGUCUUUCGCCUUUCAGCUCAUCUCGUGUAUUGGGGAUAUGGGCGAAUUGUGGAUGCCAUUACGCUGUACAACAUUUACCAGGUAAAUCCGAACGCAGAUUUGCAUGUAAAAUCACCGCUGGCAUUGGAUUUCCGGAGAAAGUUUGCACCCUACGAAUUGGGAGAGGUAUUGUCGACGUUUUCAGGAACUCGUCGCAUUGGCGAACACAUGAAGACAUUGUCAACGACGAAAAAAACGGAAUACAUCCACAUGCUGAUCUGGCUACUACAGCAACGAUUUGUCAUACAGCUCCAUCGCUAUAUCUAUUUUAUGAUUCCGUCGGACGGAGACUACGCAGCUGACGUUGGCACUGGAAGCGUUUCUUCUGUAGAAGGCUCCUCUCUGGCACAUGUAACACCCAGCUUCCACCGUCUGCGGAUGAAUGGUAGCCUGGCAAACGCAACCGCGUCCGGGAGUGUACCGAUAGCUCGGACGCCACCUGGUAGUCCAGCUAGUUUGGCAUUGCUGUCGCCUCCGAUGGUACCAUCAUGUGAACGUUCGGCAGCAGAAGGACAGGGAGACAGCAGAGUGCCGAUGCCGCAAGCGACGAAUGUAGCCAGCCAAUUGCUUUUCACGGACCAAGAGCGUGCGUACCUUGCUAAGAUAGCCAAACCCAAUCCCGUGUUUGCGCUGUUCAAGCGCCUGUGCGUGUAUUUUCACGGAGAGCACCAUAUCGAAGAGAUCAUGUGGCGCGAGAAUCUGUCCCGCGGUGAGCUUCGCACCGUUAUGAGUACGUACCAGGACAUUAUCGUCUGCUGUCUACACGAGUGA